ACGUUUUUAAAUAAUUAAAAACACACCAAACUCUCUCGUCGUCGUCUUCUUCUUCUUCCCGGCCUUUACCUUGUCUCCAGACUCUCCACCACCACCGUCGAGUUCAGAUCUGACUUCUCCCAUGUCCCGAAGAAUCGUAAAGUCCUCACGAUCAUGAAAAGAUCUCACAUCUCCUCUCCUCGCUCUUACUUCCGCCCAGCGAUCUCAUUCCUCGGCGUCAUCCUCCUGUUCCUUCUCGGUCUAACACUAACCUCUCAAAAACCAUCCGGUUCAACCCCGAACCGAAUCCUAACCGGUAAACCCAACAUCCCCAGGCUCGCUUACUUGGUCACGGGGACUAAAGGAGAUGUCAAACGGGUGAAGCGUCUCCUCAGGGCGAUACACCACCCGAGAAACCACUAUCUUGUGCAUCUUGAUCUUCAAGCUUCCGACGAGGAGAGGAUGGAUCUCGCGAAGUUCGUGAGGUCGGAGAAGGAGAAGAUGAGGAACGUUAUGGUGAUGGGUUUGGCUGACUUGGUGACGGAGAAAGGUCCGACUGUGUUGGCUAGCACGCUCCACGGUGUUGCGAUUCUGUUGAAGAAGGCUGAGGAUUGGGAUUGGUUUAUUAAUCUUGGCUCAUCUGAUUAUCCUCUCAUGACUCAAGACGAUAUUUUGCAUAUCUUCUCAUACUUGCCUCGUUACCUGAACUUCAUUGAGCACACAAGCAACAUCGGUUGGAAAGAGAGUCAAAGAGCAAGACCUAUCAUUAUCGACCCUGGCUUUUACCAUUCGAAGAAAUCUGGUGUAUUUUGGGCUAAAGAACGAAGAUCAUUGCCUGCUUCCUUCAAACUUUUCAUGGGGUCAACAAGUGUAGCUCUAACAAGACCCUUCCUCGAGUUCUGCAUCUGGGGAUGGGACAACCUCCCAAGAACGCUGUUAAUGUACUACACGAACUUCCUUUUAUCAUCAGAAGGCUAUUUUCAGACGGUUGUGUGCAACAACAAAGAUUAUCAGAACACAACUGUUAACCAUGACUUGCACUACACGCACUGGGAUACGGUUCUCCAACAGCGAGCCCUGAAUCUAACGGUUGAGGAUUUUCAUGACAUGGUCCAAAGCGGGGCGCCAUUUGCAAGGGAGUUUCGAGAGGGUGAUCUCGUACUUGAUAAGAUUGACGCCGAGCUGCUUGGUCAAACCGAUGGUGGAUCGGGGUUGAAGACUCCGGAGAUUGUUAAACCCACGGUGAGUUCUAAGAGGCUUGAGAAGCUCAUGGUUAAGCUUCUUGAUCAUGAGAACUUCAGGGCUAAGCAAUGUAAAUAGUUUUUUUUUUUUACUUUCUCUUGGUUAUUGAUUUUUUUUCUUUCAAUCAUUGAUUUUCCAUGGGAAGUUUCUUUGGCCUUUGUAAUAUAUUACUUAUAUGUUAAUCUCAUCAACUUAUAAUUGAAUUAUCAAAAAGUUUUUAGCA